AUGGUAAGAGAGGGGAAUUUGGAAAAUCCAAAGGACGACGAUGAUGAAGAGGGCUUAAAUCUUAGGAACAUAAAAUUAAGUGGCCAGAUGGGUGCGAAACAAGAAAAUGGUGACCCUGAGAACAUUUUGCCUCCUCUUGAACAGGAAUUAUCUCAUGAGUUGGAUACGAAAGUAAAGAAGUAUCUCAGGGGAGAAGGUGCUAAUUUGGAGGUUUUAAAAGACAAAAAGCUUAAGGGUCAACUUUCUGUUAGAGAAGAUUUAUAUGGAAUAUCUGCAAAAGCUGCUGCCAAGGCUGAAAAGUGGCUUAUGCCAAGUGAGGGAGGCUAUCUGGAGGCUGAGGGUAUAGAGAAGACAUGGAGGAUCAAACAGGAUGCAAUCAGUCGUGAAGUUGGUAUCUCAAGUGCAAAGAAUCAAUAUGAUAUAGUCUUGCCAGAUUUUGGUCCAUACACUCUGGAUUUCACCCCAAGUGGUCGAUACAUGGCAGCUGCUGGUCGCAAGGGCCACUUGGCAGUUGUUGACAUGAAGAAUAUGAGCUUAAUUAAAGAGUUGCAGGUUAGAGAAACAGUGCGGGAUGUUGUGUUUUUGCACAAUGAGCUGUUCUUUGCUGCUGCCCAGAAAAAGUACCCAUACAUUUAUAACAGAGACGGUGUCGAAAUUCAUUGUUUAAAGGAACAUGGCGUGGUGACAAGGCUUCAGUUUCUGAAAAACCAUUUUCUCUUGGUGUCAAUAAACAAAAAUGGGCAGCUACGAUACCAAGAUGUUACAAUGGGUGAGAUGAUAGGCAAUUUGCGGACAGGUUUAGGCCGCACUGAUGUGAUGCAGACCAAUCCUUUCAAUGGAGUUGUUGCCUUGGGCCAUUCACGUGGUAUAGUAAGCAUGUGGAAGCCCACUAGUGCAGUUCCCCUUGUCAAGAUGUUGUGUCAUCCUGGGCCUAUUACAGCAAUGGCAUUUCAUCCUAAUGGCCAUCUCAUGGCCACGUCUGGCAAGGAAAAGAAAAUUAAGAUUUGGGACUUGAGGAAAUUCGAGGUUCUCCAAACUUUACCUGGCCAUGCAAAAACCUUGGACUUUAGUCAAAAAGGUUUACUAGCUGCUGGAACUGGAUCGUUUGUUCAUGUUCUAGGAGAUUUCUCUGGAUCACGGAAUUAUAGCAGAUAUAUGGGUCAUUCAAUUGUGAAAGGUUACCAGAUAGGGAAAGUGGCAUUUCGACCUUACGAAGAUGUUCUAGGCAUAGGGCACUCCAUGGGAUGGUCUUCAAUUCUAAUCCCAGGUGCAGGGGAACCCAACUUUGACACAUGGUUGGCAAACCCAUUUGAAACAACUAAACAAAGAAGAGAGAAGGAAAUUCACUCUCUUCUUGACAAGCUCCCACCCGAAACAAUCAUGCUGGACCCUUCAAAGAUUGGUACAUUGAAGUCGGCCAAGAAGAAAGAUAAACCAACAAAGAAGGAAAUGGAGGCAGAGAUGGAAGCCGCUGUUCUAGCAGCCAAGGGAACUGCCAUUAAGAAGAAAACAAAGGGAAAGAAUAAGCCCAGUAAAAUAGCAGUAAAGAAAAAGGAGAAAGUUGAAAGAGCCAAGAGACCUUUCUUGGACCAACAAAUGAAAGAGGAAGAAAAUGUGGCCAAAAAGAAGCAGAAAAUAGGUGAGGAAAUUUCGUUGCCUACAGCAUUGCAAAGAUUUGCCCGUAAGAAGGCAACGGCAUGA